AUGGAUUAAGUAGUUAAAAAGAAGCAAGAAUAAUUAUUAUAAUGUCUUAAAAAGAUAUCAAGUAAACCUCAAACAGAUGAUGAAGAUUAGAAAUAGCAACUACGUAAAUUCCAAUAGGAAGUGGAAUAAAAAUAUAAAUUGGCUCGUCAUAACAAUGAGUAUCGAUUUCCAUUUGAAUAUUAUGAUGAAAGUAGUGACAGUUCAUUAGAAGAACUAUAAAAAGUAGGGACAUAUGAUCUACGUUAAUAAUAUUAAAAAAAAUAAACUAACAGCAAACAUUUACAAUCAUCUAAAGAAUCCAUCAAAGCUAAAUCAUUGAUUAAGAUCAUGUCUGAUAAAUCUAUGAAAGCUAAUAGAUAAUCUACUAGAUACAAAACAGAAUAAUAUGAUGAAAAUCAAGUUAGUUACAUAGAUGCACUAAAAAAGAAUAAAUCAAUAGAAAAAUAAACAAAUGAAUAAAUAAUUUCAUUUAUUCGUAAAUCUGUAGCAAAACGAUCAUAAUAUUCAUAACAUAAUAAUAAUAAUAAUAAUAAUACAUCACGAUAAUAUAUAAAUUUAUCCUCAAAUAAUCAAAGCCAUAUUAUGUCAUAAAGUUUUAAUGGAUAAAAAAGCAGAACAUAAAAUUAUUACCUCAAUAAAUUUACUAAAUUGAAAUAAGACAUGUUUAAGUAAUAAAAUUAAACAAGUACAUCAUAGAUGAAUUAAGAUUCUAAAAUGUAUCUUAUCCUUAAAUAAUAGAUCAUUGAAAUAUUUCUUUGGUAGCAAGAGUCCAGAAUAAUCAUGUACCAUUAAUUUAAAGAAUAAACUUGCAGAAAUGUGUAAAAGAUAACCACUUAAAGUAAUCAAAUGA